CACGGAUUCUCCUCUCCGCCUCCUGUGCUCUUCCGAUUCUUGGGGGAGAGUGUCAAAAGUCCUAACCCAAACCCCAAUAAUUCCCUCAAAAAAACUAAAUAAAUACCUAAAAACUGGCUAAACUAUUGGAGAAUCGUUCGGCACUCGGCAGCAUUAUAAACAUCAGAUGAAAAUGAGUGAAUUAGUCUGGGGAAUUAAGAAUGGCGACCUUGAUCAGGUUCGAGACAUUGUUGAGAACAAGAAUAUCGACGUGAAUCAGAUGAUUGAUGGCAGGACACCACUGCAUUACGCAGCUGAUUACGGCCAGAAUGAUGUCGUUAGGUAUUUAUUGGAUAAAGGUGCCGAUGCUAAUGCAACUGACAAACACGGAAUCACAACUCUUCUGGCAGCAAUAUGGGAGGGUCACACCAACUGUGUAAAACUGCUCCUGGAAAAAGGAGCCAAUCCAGAUGGACUGACACCGGACGGUGUCAGUUAUCUCGAUGCUGCUGAGAAGGACGAGAUCAAGAGUCUCCUACGUGCAAAUGGUGUGCACUAGCGUAAAACCAAAGUAACGUGAGAACGAAAAUGAAUGAAUGACGAAGGGGAAUGAUGAAAUAUUAUAAUUUUGUUACUUUGAUAUGUUAAUGUUCCUCGUAGGGUUAUCGCUGUUUCAUUAUGACUUUUUAUUGACUGAUGGGAAUCAGAUGGGUGGCACAGGCCUCCAAAUUCCUUCAUUUUCCACUUCAAUAACAGAAUUUACUUGUGAAGUAGUGGAACAAGUUGAAUUUUUCAUGAAUGUCUUCGAGUUUAGGGAAGAUAUUUUAAAAUUGAAAGAGUAGAAAUCAAAUUCAUUGUUUAAUUUUUCAAUGCUCGAGAAUUUUGAAAUAUUCUCUUUUUAAUUAAUGAAUUGAGUGAUGACUGUGCGACCCUAAUUGCCCCAUCCCUAAGACUAUGACUUCGGCACGAGUGUGAAAACAUUAAGAACAUUAAAAUAGUUCUUGAAUAAGAGUAUAAGAUCAAAUAUCUGUGAAGGUACCAAAUCCACUAGUGUUUUUCCCCCUAUGUUUUUUCCUCAUUGUGUACGAAUACUGUGGUAUGAUUAUUUAUGAGACUCGCUGUGUACUGAGUUGAUAACUGUCUCAAUCGUCUGCAUUUCAAACGAGUUUUGGUUUUUUCAUUCCAGGAAUUUAGGAAAAAAAUAAGGUACUGAGACGAUUCUUCCGCAUAGUUGAAUCCAGAACUCGAACAAUGUUAAAAUAAUAACUGCCUAGAAACAUUAAUUUAACGUUUCAUGUCCGUAAAGUGGUACAAAUCAUAAAUGGCUCUAUAAUAGGAAGUAAAAAAAUUCUUGAACACCAAUUUAGUGAAGUGAUAAAACGAGAUGAAUGAAUUAUUCAUCGAAAGCAUUUUCUGUAGAAUUUUAUUAGAUGCUGGGUGUAAUUCCCUUUCUCUAAACGUCAAAACGAGAUGAAAAUCAUCUGAAUUGUACCAUUCAAAUCGUUCAAUCUCCCCAAAUCGCGUUAUACCACUUCACAACCGAAAAAAUCCAGAUUACUGAAUCCAUUCGAUCUUGUGCCUCGCUUAAUAAUUUUCUCGUCAAUACAACUAUCUCAAAACAAAAAUAUUGAAGAAGGCACACAAUACUGGCGUUGUGACUACGAAUCAUCUUGUAUUUUUAGUAAUAAAACAAAAAAAGUA